CGCUUCAGCUGAUAAUACUCCCUGGGAAGCGACAGACACUAUAGUGCCGAAUUAAAAUAUCCAAGAAUGUAAUGUUGUAUUUAUACUUCUAAAAUUUGGCAAGUUAUCAAGGCGCCUUACCUAAUAUUAGAACGAUGGGCAGUCACCGGCUGCACGGCAUCCGUUUAGUUUUCUAUCUGUGUUUCUCUGUGCAUCAGAUUUGCUGUAUUUCCUGCAAAAUCUUCCCACCAUGAACAAUAAAAGCGAUAAAUGGAAACCGAUGAACAUAUCGAAUCCAUCUACCCGUCUUCGAAUGGCCAGGAACAUGCCUCAGUGGGUGAAUAAAACAGGUGGUUAUCCACCGCCACCAGUUCCUAAAGAAGACAAUGGACCAUCCAAAGUUGGAUCAACAAAAAAACCACCCAUAGAAGAACCUGAAUACGAAGUGAUAGAAUUUGGACAAUACUGCAACACUCCUCAAUUGCCAAAUAAAAAUAACACACCUAACGGUAAGAAGAAUGAACAGCACUGUCAAUUAUGUGGAUCUUCUAUGCCUAAUGUAAGGUGCGAAGAUUGCAAACAAAUAUUUUGCUUAUCAUGUGACGACAUGUACCACAGGCACCCGAAACGACAAACGCAUAUCAGAAGGCGCUUGGAACAGACAAUUCGCCCGCCACUUCCGCCCAAAGGAGAAUCCAUGCUAGCCCCCGUACCACCGCCUCGUCGACACAGAAGAGCUGGAUCAGUCGGACCCUCUCCCUGCCCAAGUCCGGUGCCUGGAAGGAAUGCUCAGGUCAGUAGAUCUUCUACAUUACCGAGACAGGACAAUGGGUUUUCAUUGAGGCACAAAUUAUCGAAUUUGAAGCGUGGAGUCCUAGGAAACAGACCUUUACCACCAACGCCCAAUUCAAUGCAAUCGAAUGUGACCUCACCAACAUCGAGCGAGCCAGAAAGAGGCCUUGUACCUAGCCCUAGUCCAUCUUUGCAGCAAAGAUACAGGCAACACCAAUUAGCAAUGAGAGGCGCACCUUCAAACAUAUCAGAUUUUGAUCAGAAUUCUAGAGACAGCGGCUACCCGGACUGGGAGAUCGACCGCCAAAAUGAAAGAGCUCGUUCCGGCAGUAUAUCCGGAGCGAGCGAUAUGAGCAGAAGAUUGCCAAGAAAAAUGAGCAAUUUCUCGUGCCCGACUUCCGAAAGAUUACCGUCACACAGUUCAUCGGUGUUCGAUUUGAACAAUCCAAUGAUGAAUCAUCACAAUCAUCACGGAUUCGUGCCCAUACAACAAGCCCAAUCUAUGGCUAAUCUGAACUAUCCGAACCCGUGUUACCCGGGCCCAUGGAUGAACCAAUUCAGCUACGACCAGCAACACCACGGCAGCAAUUUAAGUUUGAACGUGCCGCCUGGCUACAUGGUGAACCCCGGAUGGGUGGGCCCGUGGCACGGACCUCCAACUACCCCUAUGUACCCUUACCCUAUGCCUAACGUGCAUCCCGGUAUACCCUGCGGUCAUUCCAGACCGCCAUCUCCAACUCAGAGCAUCAAAUCCAGGAAGUCAACGUUGAGCCGCAAGAGCCGCAAAAAAUACAAGGAAAUUGAAGACACCGACGACGAAGACGAUGAUUUAGACGAACGCCGAUCUAAUUUCAGCUAUUUAGAUAGAAACGAGCGGAAAUCAUCUAGAGGUAGAUACUCAAAGGAAAGACCAGUGAGAGAAGUGAACUCGAUGAGCAGGGAGCUGCCGAGGCGCAGCGUAGACAGAAGAGACUCGGUGCCCAGGAGUAAGCAAAGCGUGCAAACCCCUUCGAGCGAGUCCGACGACGAGGACUCUUUAAACAGCAACCACCUGAAGGUGGACGCGGUACAAGAAGAAAACGGUUCGGAAUACGAUAACGUAAACACUGAGGUGAAGACGUCGCAGGAGCAGUGGGAGUGCGAGCAUUGUACGUUCGUUAACGAAGCGGGUACGCGAGUGUGUCAAGUUUGCUGCAAAACUCCAACGACUUCCGCUAGGGCGGUCAAAACCAAUGAAAUAAAGCAGCAGAAAAAGAAGUUGGAUCAAAUGCUGAACGUGUCCAGCGAUGACUUCAGCAAGGAUUUGAGCGAAACGGAGUCCGUUUUGAAUAAGUUGGGGAAAUUGAAGACGCAGCCCGACGUCAAGAAAGGAGAAGAAGCCGAGCUCCUGUCGCAACCAAAAACUAACGACGGAACGCAAACCGUUAGCGUCUCAUCGGACACAAAAUGUGUAGGAGUUACUCCUUUGAGUGAUUCUAGUGCAGUGCAAAAAACUAAAGUGAUUCAGUGCCCGCCUCAAGAUAAUCAACGUCAGAAAACUGUAGUUUCUACUUCUACAGGAACGUCUCCGCCUCCCCAGAAUAUGUCUACUCAGACCUACGAGGAACUCCCUUUGGAGAUUAACAAUUCCAAGAAGCACGCAGGAAGGUUAUCCAGCUCGGCUAGACGGCAACAUUUAAAACGUUCUCAGUCUUUGCAUUCUCCUGCUUCGCAAGCUUACUCAGAUUGGUCUUCAGUGCACCGAUCUUCCAGCAGAAUGUCUUGUACAUCUGAUUCGCAGAGUUUACCAGGUAGUAGAGAACCAAGCCCGAUUCCUUACGACGACGAUUCGUCUUUCGAUAGAUACCGCUACACGAACAAGCAGCGACCUCACCAUUCCGAUGUGAGAUUAUCACACAGCAUUGUGGAUUUGAGAAGGCCGGAAUUGUUCAGAAGGCCGAGCCAAGUCGAGCUCGGAUAUUAUAGGAUGGACGACUUCAGUCAAAGUCACCUCCUGCCACCAGACAGAGACCUGGUGAGGCCAAACGAAAACGGCCACGAUAACUUCAAAGCCUCAGGAAUGGAACUGGUGAAACUCAUGAGGGAAGCCGAGCAAUUCAAAUAUACCGCAGACGAAUUGCAGGCGGCUCUGCUGCAUUGCAAAGAUAAAAAUCCCGUACAGUGGCUAAAGGAGCAUUGGGAAACUACAAUUUCCAGUGUUCAAACUCUGGCCACUCAAAUGGGCCGAGAGGGGCCGAUUAACAUCGUCGGCACCGUCUCGGAAAUAGAGGCCAGAGAAGCCCUCAGAAAGCAUAAAGGGAAUCUUUGGCCUGCAGUAGAGGAAUGCGUCGAACAACGACAGAGAAAGUACGCCGAUUUGGCCUCACGAGGUGACUACAACAGGGAGGACAUCGUGACAGCGCUAACGGCUAAUCACGGUGACCUGGAGGCGGCUUACAACGAACUGAGCAAAAUGCAACUGAAGCCGUUCUUGAUGAGGAUAUGGGGCCCGCCGGUGGGCAAUGAGAACGAGGCAGGUAACGAGGGGGUGGACUUAAAAGCUGUAGGGGGCGAAGAUAGUGUUUCUAGUCAAAAAACCGAAAAUUCGGAAUCCAAAGCGGUAAGUAAUAGUACCCCUAUUAGUGAUAUUAGCUCCCCUCGAAUUAUCUCGCUGGAUGAUCGUGAGAAUGGAGCGGCUAAAAAUGAUAACAGUGUUUUGGAUAACAUCGAAAACGAAAUUUUGAAGAGCUUAGAAGACAUAAAAAAUUUGAGCAAACGGUUAGACAAUCAACCUAAUAGCAUAAUUGGUAAUUCACCAAAAAAUGAUGUAAUUGACUUACUAGAGCCUAAAUAUAAUGUGAAGAACAUCGAAGAAGUGGAGGAACCUAAAAAAACAGUGCAUGUCGAGAAAAGUAGCACAGUAAUCCGCGUUAACGAUGGGAAGUACUCGCCCCAAGCACCAGAUCAAUCUCCUUCCACUUCAGACACCGAAAGCAAUGAUGAGAUGCAGAAUCACGAAUUUUUAGACGCCUUAGACAUAAAUCCUGAUGUUAAUAUUCUCGAUUUAACAACUCUAAAUGCUAGUAAUUCUAUUCCAAUUGAAACUGUCGAAGAAGGUAAAAAAAUAGAGUUAAACUCGAAUCAACCAACAAGUUCUAAAAAUGUCGAAGAAAAGCGUGAAGAAGUAAAUCAUUCUUUACCAUCUGAAAUAGCGGAAAUGCAAGAUUUAAAUGUUAAUCAGGAUCCAAUAAAAAUUAGUGAUUCCAUUGGAGAUGGAGUAAAUAAUGUUGAUAGUGAUAGACUAAUCCAUGAAAGUAACCAACAAGAUUUGAAUAAUCAAAAUAAUGAGAUUAUUUCAAAAAACGAAGCUGAUAAUGGACAUUUUAAAGAGAAUAAAAAUAACAUUGAUGAAGGUUCAAUAAAAGAUGUUAAAAUUAGUUCAAAUGAAUCUCCAGUAAUUGAAGAUGGAUUGAAAAAUGUGGAAACUGAAGAGCCGAAUACAACUCUUGAUUCGACUAAUGGAAAUUCCAAUGAAAAUGUAAUUGAAAUUAGUAAUUUUAAUAUUAACUCACAAAUAACUAAAGAAGAAGAGACUGCAAUUUCAAAUGAGAAUCAAACAAAUGUAAUGGAAGCAGUUGACAUCGCCCAUAAAAAAAGUGAAAAUAAUUCAAUAUUGCCAGAACCUCAUGGAGUUGAAGAAACGGAAAGUAAAGCUGUACCAACGGAAGAAGUAAAUAAUAUUGAAAUAACCAUAGAAGAAAAUAGGAAUGUAACUAAUACCGGUGGUGAAAAGCAAAAAAAUUAUAAUGAAAUAUUUGAUGAGUCCGGAACUCAAGAAGUUUCGGUAGAAAAUCAGAAUAAAUCGGACCAUAUAGUUGAAAAUUUUGAUAAAAAAAUUCAACCUACCACUUUCACGCCGAAACGAAAUUCAUUUAAAAUAAAAAGAAAAAAGAACGUUAAAAGAAGAAACAGACCAUUGACCAGGAGCAGCACGCUGAAACAGAUCAACAACACUAACAAAGAUAAUAAACCUGAUUCGAAUUUAACUGAAUCUGACUCACCAUCGUCUACCACUGAUAUGCCCUCAGUUAACAAUCGCAAGAAUUCUAAACCGAAAACUUUAAACUCUAAACAAGAUAAUCAAGAGGAAUUGAAAAUUCCACCACCGAAACUCGACUUAAACUCUUCAAAAACUGAAACAAAACCUCACGAACCACCUACCAAAAAACCAUCUCGAAUUCCGUUAUUAAAGCGCCGUUCCAUAUCACUAACAAACACCCCAAUCCCUCAAACAUCGCCAGCCCCAAGUCCCAGCAGAAUCCCAAUCCGGAGCACCUCUCUCAAGCAAACCAAAACCCUACCAACGGAAGUAAAAGACAGCAGAAUCUUCACUUUCGACACCAACAAAGUAUACACGCACAAAGUCCAGGAAUACUUAAACAUGUUACCGGAACCCACCACAGAUUCCAAAACCGAUAGCCCAACUGCCCCCAAACCAGAAAGCAAGGUGAAAAUGCUCACAACCAACAGGAAUUCGUUCGAUUCCACCACGAGCUCCAAGCAGCUCUCUUACACCAAAUCGCUGGACAACGACAGCGAAUCGUCGGUAUCUGAUAGCAACAUUGACGAGCUGCUGGAAGACGACGACAGUUUUGAUGAUAAUAGGUACCACUUUGAACAAAUCGUGGAAAGCGAAAGCGAGGACUACGAUGAUAUUGAACAAAUUAACACCGACAUCGAGAAGCUCAAUUACAACUUAAACCAAGACGACCAGCAACACGAGAGAAGCAAAACUAGAGAGAACAGUUACAGCAUUGACGAAACCUGUGAAUCCGAGGAAUAUCUAGAAUCGGAAGACGAAAUCGCCGUGGAAGAAUCCGAGCUAGAAAGCGAAGAGCAUUCUGAUGAAGAGAAUAAAAAACCUACAAGUGAUUUGGAUAAAAUGCAGAGACAAGCCAGGCGAUUUCUGGCCGAGGGGCAAGUGGAAACCUACGAACAGGCCGAAUUAGCAGCAAGUCUGAUAACAAUGAAUUUUUCCACGGGAGAGGCUCUGGAGGCUGUUAAAGACUGCAACACAUUAGACGCGGCGAUUGCUUUUCUACAACAAGACUGCGAAUUGUGCGCCGGGAAGUUUCCAAUGAAAGAGAUAGUAUCAAUGUUGAGAUGCACCCACAGGUGUUGCCACGAUUGCGCGAAAAAUUAUUUCACCGUGCAAAUUACCGACAGAAGUAUUAUGGACUGUAAUUGCCCGUUUUGCAAGCAACCGGAUCUCACCAGCUCGGACGCCAACGAGGACGAUGUCACCGAAUACUUCGGGAAUUUGGAUAUUUUGCUUAAAGGGAUACUGGACGAGCCGGUGCACGAGUUAUUCCAAAGGAAAUUGAGAGACAGGACGCUGAUGCAGGACCCUCAUUUCAAAUGGUGCAUUCAAUGUUCGUCCGGAUUCAUUGCUCAUCCUCGACAAAAACGUUUAAUAUGCCCCGACUGCAAAUCGGUGACUUGUGCAGCUUGUAGAAGACCGUGGGAGAAACAACACGAAGGCAUUACCUGCGAAAAAUUCGCAGAAUGGAAGGAUGCCAACGAUCCCGACAACCAGGCUUCAGGAGUCACCAAGCACCUAGCCGAGAACGGAAUCGACUGUCCGAAGUGCAAGUUUAAAUACUCCUUGUCCAAAGGCGGUUGCAUGCACUUCACUUGCACCCAGUGCAAGCACGAAUUCUGCUACGGCUGCGGCAAGCCUUUCAUGAUGGGCGCGAAAUGUACUAUCAGCCAGUAUUGCGCUAAAUUGGGCCUCCACGCGCACCAUCCGCGUAACUGCCUGUUCUAUCUGAGGGAUAAGGAGCCUCAGCAACUCGAAAAACUUCUCAAGGACAACAAAGUUGAAAUUAAUUCGAGAACCAAUUCGGAAGAAAAUGCAUCAGCACCUUGCAAGUGCCCCAUACCCCUUCAGAAAGAGACUCCUAAUGGGUUUGUGGAUUCGAUUUGUAAUAGCGACGCCUUAAACAGCCAAGCAGGUCUGUGCAGGCUGCAUUACAUCGAGUACUUAGUUGGGCUCAUUGGCAGACAUAAGCUGGACCCAGUUCCGAUUCUAGACUUAGUGGAAGUGAGUCAGGAACUGCGCAGGCGAGGCAAAGAUUUACCGGAACGAGGCCCGUGGUGCGACGAUCAAGAGUACAAGAGCAUUUGUGCGAAGAUUGUUAUGGAUCAAAUUCCGUUGGAGUGAUAAUACCUUUCCAGAAUACUUUCCAUAUAAGCGUGAGCGUUAUUUUAUACCCUGUAAAAAGUUGAAUAAAUAUUAUCAAGAGAGUUUGUUUCA